AUGGCGUGCUUUGCUGCAGUGCUGGGAUCUCCCAAGCCAAUGAGUCCACCAGUGCAUGAAUACCUCCGCAGCAAGCUUUGCUCCCUGUACGAGAACGACUGCAUCUUCGACAAGUUUGAGUGUGUCUGGAACGGCUCAGACAGUGUGAUCAUGACUGGGGCCUACAACAAUUUCUUCCGGAUGUUUGACCGGAACACCAACCGUGACGUGACCCUGGAGGCGUCCAGGGAGAGCAGUAAGCCCCGGGCCGUGCUCAAGCCUCGGCGCGUCUGCCAGGGCGGGAAACGACGCAAGGAUGACAUCAGCGUGGACAGCCUGGACUUCACCAAGAAGAUCCUGCACACGGCCUGGCACCCCACGGAGAACAUCAUCGCCAUCGCUGCCACCAACAACCUGUACAUCUUCCAGGACAAACUCAACCAGGAGAUGCAUGGCUGAGAGAGAGAGCAGGAGGCUGGAGACGUACACACACACACACACACACUGAAGCAAACAUUCAUUCAGACAGUAAGGCAAGCAAGAACAUGUAACAUAUGCACACACACACACACACACACUCUCUCUCUCUCUCUCUAGAUGACAGGGAGAUGCUGUAAAGACACACACUCCACAGUUCUCAGUGGAUGGACUGGUCCACCCUAGGACCAGACAGGGGGAGCUGGAUAACCCAAUAAGAAUGAUGCUGGAUUAUGGUUUAUGGAAUUCUAAAUCAUGGAUGUGUUGACUGUUGACCUCUGGAUUGUGGCUGAUCUGAUGGUGUUUGUUUUGCUAUUGGUCAUUUUUGCAUUCUGAGGGGUUUGACCUCUUGACAGGAGGAGCUUUCACAUGUGUCUGCCUUUUUCUGAUCAUCUGCCUCUUCCUCUUCUUCCCCUUCCUCCUCACUCUGUUUCUGUACAUGUCUGUGCUCAGUCCUCUCCUACAGUCUGGACUGAUUCUUGACGUUGGUGUAAAAAACCCUUUGUGGUUCCUGGUGGUAACUAGUGGAAAUGUUUGCGGAAUGUUUGAAGUCUAAUUAUAGUUUUUUUGUUAAAUCAUGUUACAUGUUACAUGAUUUGAAUUAUCAUUAAUGAUGAUGAUGAUGGUAAAAGUGAUGACAAUGACAGUUAAUGGUACAUGAGACAUUAGUCAGUAGGACGUUGGGUUCCACAAGGCUGCCUGUCACACCUAGGUGACAUUUAAUCCUGAUGUUUCAGUUGAUUGUGAAGACUGCUGGGGAACUUGGCUGUGUCGUGCUACUUUGCAAUGAAACACAAGGAAUGAAGCAAAAAUCAAGUCCAACAAUCAAGCAAAAAAUAUGCUGCAUGAUGGAUUUUUUUUUUGUUUAUAUAAAUUUACUGGCUGCCUUUCUAACCAUAAACAGGCUGUAAAAAGGCUUCUGGAGCUCUGCCUCUACACAGCACUAGUUACCAUAGACAACAACAAAGAGCUCUCCUUUUGUUUGUGUUUACCGGACACAAAAAGCAUGUUUACCAGUGUUCAGUUUUACGGUGUACAUUUGAAAUGAAUCCCAAAUAAUACAUAGUUUUAAAUGAAGAUACUGAACCAGGGGUAUGGGGAAUGUUUUAUCAACGUUGUAAACUAAACUGUUAAAGGAAUGUUUUAUCAACAUUGUAAUCUAAACCUUUAAAGGAAUGUUUUAUCAACGCUGUAAUUUAAACCUUUAAAGGAAUGUUUUAUCAACAUUGUAAUCUAAACUGUUAAAGGAAUGUUUUAUCAACGUUGUAAUCUAAACCUUUAAAAGGAAUGUUUUAUCAACGUUGUAAUCUAAACCUUUAAAAGGAAUGUUUUAUCAAUGUUGUAAUCUAAACCUUUAAAGGAAUGUUUUAUCAACGUUGUAAUCUAAACCUUUAAAGGAAUGUUUUAUCAACGUUGUAAUCUAAACCUUUAAAGGAAUGUUUUAUCAACGUUGUAAUCUAAACCUUUAAAGGACUGUUUUAUCAGGGUUGUAAUCUAAACCUUUAAAGUUAUGAUUUAUCAGGGUUGUAAUCUAAACCUUUAAAAGAAUGUUUAAUCAACGUUGUAAUCUAAACCUUUAAAGGAAUGUUUUAUCAGGGUUGUAAUCUAAACCUUUAAAGGGCCUGAAUGGUAUCUGCUGUAUAUUCAACUCUUUUUGACAUUUCUAGGUUUGUUGUUUCAGAUCAAGAACCAAGAGUGCAGAGCCGAUCAUCUCUGAUGAUGGUGUUCAUGGCAACAAGAGAGAGAUUAUUAAACUCUUCCCUCUAGCCUUUGAACAAAUUCAGAUUUUUUUGGAGAAGUUAUUGUUAACUUCUGUAUUUUUUUGAACAUCUGUCACUUGUGUUUGAUUUCAUGUCCUGCAGCCCUGGCAUUGAUUCACAUAUUUUGUGUUCAUGUAUUUUCAACGGGAAAAAAAAUCUCAUGAACAAUUACGAAUAUGUUAAUGUUAUUUUUUUUCUGAUUAAAGAUUUCAACAAUAUUGCAUCCUA